AUGGCGGGUGCCAUGUGCGUGGGAGGCAGGAGGAUGACCGGCUCUCUCCCCGUGCUCACAGGGGACACCGCGGCUCCUGCCUUCCGAUCCUGCCAUACAGAGCGUCGGGAAAAUCCUCACCUACCCCCACAGCCACUCACACCAGCGAUGCCAACGGCUGCACUGGGGAGAGGGAACUACAACGUACGUCACCGUUUGGGGGGAUCGAGCCUGCCGCCAACCGGAAUAUCCCGGCAGGGAGAUCGACCUCUCCUCCCACCCAGCCUGCAACUGGUCGACCCAGAAAGCAGCAAACCCUGGCAGACGGCACCAAGCUCCAUACUAUGGCUGACACCAGCCCCCAGAUGA